AUGCAGGCCGUGCUCAGCAGCAACCACUUCUCGGCGCCGACCAUGGACCCGUUCGAGGCGCUCGCCUCGUCCGACCCGGACGCGCCAGCUCCUCCGCCCGCCCGCAUCCGCCCUUUCAACCCGGACAAGGACCUCAAGCUCACGCGAUACCUCGUCGGCGCGGCCGUCAUGGAGCCGUGCGCCAACCAGGUCGCCCUGUUCAAGCCCGCGUCGCUCCUCGUGUGGGCGGGCCUCGUCCACCUCCUCAUCACCCGGGUCGCCAACGGCUACCCGGCCGUCGUGCACAACUACCUGUACCCGCACCUGCCGAAAGCCGUCAACGACAAGGCGACCAUCCUCCAGACCCUCACCGACAGCCUCAUCCUCAUCCCGCUCGUCCUCGCGCCCGCCAUCAUGAUCCUCGCCGUCUUCGAGUGGCGCCACCGCAACCUGUUCGAGAUGGAGAUGCGCCGCGCCAUCGGCGACGAGGACAUGCGCGACGUCGAGGCCUACUACGACGUGCGGCCCGAGCCGGCGACGACGGCGAGCGAGGAGGGCGACAAGAAGCCCACCACGCGCGCUCGCGCCAAGCAGCAGCAGCAGGUCAGGCCGCAGGGCGAGGGCGACAAGGCGGCGGCGGGCGCGGCGAGCCAGCCGGCGCAGCGGCAGGGCUUCUGGGUCCUCGAGUACGACAACCGCCUCAUCGGCGCCGUCGGCCUCGACGGCAGCAAGCCGGGCCGCCCGCUCGACUCGGUCGUCGACCUCCUCAUUGCCGCCGCGAGGGAGAAGAAGGAGGGGCGAGGCGCGUCGACCGAUGCGGCGGCGUCGGCCAAGAAGGACGACUCGGCGACGACGACCGCGACCGAGUCGACGUCGACCGACAGCACCCUGCGUCCUCGCGGCGCCAAUGCCCCUUCCGUCUCGGUCACGCCCCCGACGCCGGUCUCGGGCGCCCCGCCCUCGCCCUUCACGCUCGACCCGUCGGCGUCCCUCCCGCAGGGCACGCUCCACAUCCGCCGGUUCGCGACCAGCAUGUCGUUCCGCACCGCUGGCAUCGAGGACGACCUCCUCGCCUUUGUCGCCGACUACGCCUUUGCGCCCGCACCCGAGGACGGCGAGCCCGGCCCGGCCCCGGCGCAGCAGCUCGUCGUCGCCGUCCUCCCCGACGUCCAGAAGUCGCUCCGCAAGGCCCUCGCCCGCAACGGGUUCGAGCUCGUCCCGCGCGGCUCGGAGCUUGACCUCGCGCAGUCGGGCGCGGCGAGCGGCGGCGCCGGCGCCGGCAAGAAGAGCUGGGCCGCGAGGUUGUGGCCGGUGAGCCUCGAGCAGCGCACGAUGGUGCUCCGGCGGGCGACGUGGGAGGCGCGCCAGGCCAAGGAGUAGCAGGACGAGGAGCGCAUGUACUAGUACGACGUUGCGAUAGAGCUUGAGCGGGUGGUCGUUGGGCGUGUCCUGCAAAAUCACCUCGGUUCCCUCAC